GCUGCCAGACGGACUGCAAAUUUGUUUAUUGUGGUGUGUUUUUUGCACAAUUUUCUAUUAAAAUGGUAUUAAUAAUGCCCAUUAGCCCACCUGAGCACGGUCUAUUAUAUACCGCUAAUAAUAUAAAGCUCAAACUCGGCGAUAAGGUGGUAGGCCAAGGCACUGUAUACAUUUCACAAAACACGCUUUCUUGGCAGCCAGUAGAUCUUCAAGAGGGCAUUUCCAUCGAAUGGAAGCAAGUGAGUCUGCAUGGCAUUUCAUCGAAUCCCAGAAAGUGCAUUUAUUUCAUGCUCGACCGAAAAGUGGAGUGGGAAGGCGUUUACAUGGGACGCAGUCUUGAAAUUAAUGGUCAGAACGGUGGUGGGGAUGAGAUACAGCGAAAUGCAAAUAAUGUUGCUAAUAACGAAGUUGAUGAGGGCAACGGCAGUGAUGAACCCGACGAUGAUGAAGAGGACGAUGAUAACUUUGAGGAUGCAGUCGACCAGCAACUGGACGAUGUCACCGAGUGUUGGCUCUUGCCCGACGAUAUACACACCGUGGAUACAAUGUACAAUGCUAUGACCACUUGCCAGGCAUUGCACCCUGACUCGGCGGACAGCAACUCCGAGGAUAGUGAUCCAAUGGAGGAUGCUGGAGGCAUGGCCUUUGAUGACCAGGACAUGGUAGAGGACGCACUCACACUUGGCCGGAAUGGCGGAGAAGUCGGUGGCAUGCAGAAUCUAAGCCUGGACGAUGAUGAUGAACGCUUUGAGGAUGCGGACGAAUAAGGCUGCUACAACGUGAACUAACUACUCCAAAUAACCAUUACAUCCAUAUACAUACAUACGUAUUUAUAUUUGAAUCUUUUAUACAAAUUGUAAGUCUAAAGUGUACGAAUUGUGAACAUAUUUGAUUAGCUUUUGGAAUACUAUAUACUAAACGCUGUAAGCGCUCAAAUA